AUGUCAUAUUCAUCUUUUUGCGUUGCCCUCUUAUCCCUUUAUGUUUUACUUGUUUCUGUGGCUAGUUCUUUGACCUAUGCAUUUGUAUCAGAACCACGUGUUCCUUUCCCUACGGAUAGCGUACAGCCACAUCACCACUAUCUAAUGAACAAAAAUAUAAUUCAAGCAGCACCAAUACAACCAAACCCUCAUCAUCGCCAUCAUUAUUUAACAAACGAUGAAACACGAAAUUAUCCAGUACAUAAUCAUCCAUUAUCUGAUAAGUCGCAAAGUCAAGCAAUAACGCAACCACAUCGUCAUUUAGUGCGCGAACCUUAUCCUUACUCUUCCAAUCCACAUCACACAUCAUCUAUAUUCCCAUGGUCACGAACGUAUGCUCAAUGUGAAGCAUCACAAUUAAACAGUCCUUUAUCACCAAUUUCAUGUGAAAAUUUAUUGAAAAACCGACAUAGAUUAUCUCCGCUUCGUUCAAUGCUUCUUACAUCGGCAUGCGCAAGAAUUCUGGGAGCAAACGAUAUUUCUAUAUUUAAUGAAAUGAUUAGAGCAUUGGCACUUCAAAUUACAAUGCUGAAUUCUGAAAAUCAGGCGCCGCAGUCCACUACUAUUGAGGCUACUGUAACUACAACUUCUGAUACAGAUCAAAAAAUUGAUGUUUCACCGAACGAGUUGUUAUUAUCUGAAGCACAUAAUGAGCCAGAAACCGGAUCAGAUGAUGGCAUUCAAAAUAAUGAUGCUGAAAGUUCACAAUCUCUAAUUCCUUUAUUAUCAGAGAUCAAACAUGACCCACCUACCGUACCCGAACUACAAAAAAUACAAAGACCACACCGUAAAUCUACACCUUCCCGAAUAAACCCAAUUUAUUACAUUGAACCUUUACCCGAAUCUGCUUUGAACGCUUUCGAUACUUCAAUAUGGCCAAGUAUUCAAGAACAACAAAAUCCUUCGUUUAUAACUUUUCUUCAACAACCUAUAUCAAGUGCGCUUUUUGGGUCUUUAAUUACUGUAUUUGGCAUUUUAUUGAUGCUUAGUAUUGUAUUCCAAUUAUUUGUAAACUUCAUUAGAAAAAAGAAGCUAAAAAUUGUAUCAAACACAACUGGCUAUUUAGAACUAUUAGGAUCUAUAUUUGAUAUAGAUUGCUAUAUUGGACUUAUUCUAUAUUGA